CUCCCACUCCCCUCCCGCUGUCCUCUCUCAGUAGCACACACAUUGCAGUCUCUCUCUCGAUCACACACAGGCUCGCUGCAGCGAAAUCCACAAAUCACAGACUAGUACAGCACAGGACGGCAGGGGAAAAUAACGUCAAAACAAGCCAUUGAUUGAGUUGUGAAAAAGCGCGUCGACCACAGAGGUGAACCAUGCAAUCGUUAUAGGUCGUUGACAUCUAUGGUUGAGAGCCUUCCACUUCUACAGCACCGCUCCUUUCCCUGGGCAUGUCUGAAGGACUAACACAAAACAGGCAGCCUGACGGAAGGAACCAGGGAGUGAGAAGGCAUCAUUAACCUUCCCACACAGUGGUGAAACUGAACUGCCCAUUUAGGAGGAGAAAGGGGGUUAGAGAGGAUUUUUUUUUUUUUUUUUACGUUUGAAAGGCAGUUCAACACGGAGAUAACACAGGCUUGGGGAUGUUCUAGAGCCUCGCUGCUUCUGCAAAGGAUAGAUGCACAGCGAGAGGAAGAGGGGUCUGAAUACCAAUAACUACAGAGUAAACUGAAGAGACUGGAUACUGUCCUGGGAGAAGACUGCAAUUAGUGAAUAGAUAAGAGACAGAGGAGGAUAAAUGUGGUGAAGCAGAAUGAAAUGUUUCACACAUUUCAAAUCUGUUGUUGAUCUAGAAACCAUAAGCUUGUUGUCUCUGAAAACCUCCGGGCUCAUGCUUGAAAAACUAAAUCGGAUUAUUUUGAUUCACGCCUCAGUUAUCAGAACGAAUCAAUGGAUGUGGCAUCCUGAACAGCAUAAGCAGCAAAACUUCUGUGAAUAACCAGCACAACAAUGCCUAAAUCCAAACAACAAAUACUACACCCAUACCUGGCGCCACACCACUCAAAAUCCUAUUGGAAGCCUUCAAAGCAACGCACCUCUCUAAAAGGGGUCCACCCAGACAGAACCGUACCCCCUCCUAAACUCAAGCCAAAGGUGACCAGACCUUCCCUGAGACCCCCUGCCUGCCCUCUGACCCCACAGACGGUAGUCUGGCUGGCCGUGGUGACUGGUUCCUGUGUCUUCCCUGCGCUACUUGGCCCAGGCGUGUCUGCUGGAGAGACCUGGGGCAUGGUCUCCAUCUGUCCCUUCCACUGUGUGUGCCGAAACCUCUCAGAGUCUCUGAGCACGCUCUGCGUCAACAAGGGCCUGCUGUUCGUCCCUCCUGACAUUGACCGGCGCACCGUGGAGCUCCGUCUGGCAGAUAACUUCAUCCUGGAGGUGGGCAGGGUGGACUUUGCCAACAUGUCAGGCCUGGUGGAACUGACUCUGUCCAGGAACACCAUCCACACCCUGCGGCCCCUGUCCUUCGCUGACCUGGAGAGCCUGCGCUCACUCCACCUGGACACCAACCGGCUGACCAUAGUGGGGCCAAGAGACCUGUCCGGCCUGACCAACCUACAGCACCUCAUCAUCAACAACAACCAGCUGACCGCAGUCUCCGCCGAGGCCUUCGAUGACUUCCUGCAGACGCUGGAGGAUCUGGACCUGUCCUACAACAACCUGAGGAAGGUCCCCUGGGAGGCCAUCCAGAACAUGGCCAGCCUGCACACCCUCAACCUGGACCACAACCUCAUAGACCAGAUCGCUGAGGGCUCCUUCGGCGAACUCUACAAGCUGGCCCGCCUGGAUAUGACGUCCAACCGGCUGCAGACGCUGCCCCCCGACCCCCUGUUCUCCCGAUCCCAGACGGGCGUGGUCAGCCCCACGCCCUACAGCGCUGUCAUCAGCCUGAGCUUCGGGGGGAACCCCCUGCACUGUAACUGUGAGCUGCUGUGGCUGAGGCGGCUGAUCCGCGGCGACGACAUGGAGACGUGUGCCACCCCUGUCCACCUGGCCGGGCGCUACUUUUGGUCCAUCCCAGAGGAGGAGUUCACCUGUGAGCCUCCGCUCAUCACACGCCACUCCAACAAGCUGUGGGUGCUGGAGGGCCAGAGGGCAACGCUGAGGUGCCGUGCCAUCGGUGACCCCGAGCCCAUCAUUCACUGGAUCUCCCCUGACGACCGCAUCGUGGCCAACUCCAGCCGUGUGUACUCCUAUUACAAUGGCACCCUGGACGUGCUGGUGACGCGGGCGCGUGACGACGGGGCUUACACCUGCAUCGCUAUCAACGCUGCCGGGGAGGCUACAGCCCUGAUAGACCUCAAGAUCAUCCCCCUCCCUCACCGCGGCAACAACACUGUCCCCCUCACCAACCCUCGUGGAGACCCAGGCUCCUCAGACAUUUCCAGUGGGAGAACAGGAGGGUCUGGAAGGAACGGGAAGGGUGGUGGUGGUUCUGUAAAGAACGCCACAGGAGAGGGGGAGAGCGGAGAGCGGGGGGAUGCAGAAGCCAGCACCAGUGAGCGUUUGGUGGGAGUCCUGGGGGUGACUGCCACCUCUGCCCAGGUGCGCUGGGUCCUGGGCCGUGCCACUGGGCCGUACCUGGUGUGGAUGUACCAGAUCCAGUACAACUGCACUGCAGACGACGCCCUGGUGUACAGAAUUCUGCCGCCUACAAGCAACUCUUUCCUGCUGAAGAACCUGGUGUCUGGAGCAGACUACAGCCUGUGUGUCCUGGCCAUCUUUGACGAUGGGGUGUCCACCCUGGCCACCACCAAGGUCCUAGGCUGCACCCAGUUCAGCACCAAAGAGGACUUCCCAGAGUGCCGAUCCCUGCAGGCCCACUUCCUGGGCGGCACGCUGACGGUCAUGGUGGGGGGGGUCAUCGUGGUAACACUGCUGGUGUUCACCGUGGCGAUGAUGGUAAGGCACCGUGUCUGUGGAGACUGUCAAGACGAGGGCCACUACCCUGCCCAUCACCAUGACGACUUCCUGCCCUCCAAGGAAGGAGUGGAUGUUUACGCUCAGACCAACGGAAACGGGAGCGUGAUGAUGGUGGCUCUGCCCAACAACAUUCUUGGCCAACAGGCUAAGCCGCUGCCAUUGAAAACCAAACCCCAAGCCAAGAACAAGACCAAGCCAAAGCUUGACUCCGAUCAGCUCAGUGGGGAGGGAAAGGGUGAGAAGCCAGGGCUGGAGGUGGUCGUGAGGGGGAAAGGAUUCCCCCCUUUCACCCUUGAGAGUGAGAGAGUGACACUGUACUACUCCCCUGCCAACACCUCCCAGACCUUACCCCAUCCCCGAGCUCACAAGGCCCCGAAACACUCAGGCAAGCUCAAGCUGCGCCACUCUGAGGAGAAGGAGAGAGACUUGGACAAAAUGGUGGGCUCCAUAUGCAGCCUAGACUCUGAGGCCCAGGGGGAGGAGUUGGAGCGCGUGAAGGACUCAAGGAGGGGAGAUCGCCCGCCACUAGGGCCGACACGCAGCUGCUCCUUUGACGUGGGCGAGAUCACCACGACAACCUGCUACGGAUAUGCGAAGCAACUGAGUGUGAUAUGGACCAGGAGGAGCCAGUCGGUGCAGGGCAUGCUGGUCCAGUGUGCCUCAACAGCCAGUUCAGCGAGCAGCACAGGCAGCAACCACCCCCCACCUGCCCUCACACAUGGCUACCUGCACACCCACAACACCUCCAACUCUAAGUCCAGUGAGGCUGACAACAUUGGAGACCUGGAAGAGAGUGUUUUAUAGGGUGAAGAUGACAGAGGGACAAAAAGGAACAAAACAAAGACAAAUGGAUAAAUUGACAGUGGACAGGUGGAUGUAAAAGCCAUUUGGCUUAAAAAGGACGAGAAACUAUCAAAGCACACAGUGCAUUCACAAGGAACAUAGCACAUGGUGAAGGAGCUAAUGCCACGUAUGGUGUGGACAGAUGGGAGUGACAACUAUUGUGAGAAAAAAAAGGUAUAAUGAUGUCUGCUGGUCUAAAGCUGUGAGAUACCGACGACCCAAACGUAUGGGGAUUACAACCUGAGACUUGUUUCAACAAGAUUAAUUAAAAAAUUAAUGAAUUACUACAGUAAAUAAAUCAACCACCACUCAACAGCAGCGUCUCGACUUUGAAUGCCAAACCGCUGGGUAAAUCAGGCCUCAAACUGGUACACGAGACAACUGUGAUAAUCAGAUGCCAGUCAAUUAUCAUGUGUUUGUUUGCAAAGAGCAGGAAGCAGCCUAUCUGCAAACACAGAGGUGUUUGUUUAGCUGAGAGGGAGCGAGAGAGAUGGGGAGAAUAAGGGGUAGAGACACUGGCUGGGGGGAGCAGAAGAGAUGCCUGGCGUCAGGGAGGAGCUCGGAGAUAACGCAGUAGACAGGGAGUUGGUUUAUGCCACGUCUAUUGAUGCCAUCUGUCAUGUACUUUUCUGUAGUAUACAUUCAUAGCCGCAAAAGCCCCGUCGAGCUCAAUUAGCAUGAGCUGUGUGAUUGAGUGGCCGAUACACACAUUCACACAUAAGUGAGACGACAAGGAGAUAGUGUGAGAGAAGUGCGUGCAUCCGUUUCCUCUUUUCUUGCCAGAGGCAAACUGCUGACCUGUUUCAGCCAAUUAAAAAAUGCUGAUUGGAGAAUUCACACAAACACAAUGUGAACUCUGCCCAGCGGUGCUGCAACUACUGACCUGCGGUUCUACAACCAACCAUUGUUCACAUCGUAGAGCCCAGAUAUAUCACGUUCUGCUGACAAGUCCAGUUAAUAUCUGGGCCCAUAUACACAAAGCCUCUCAGAGUAGGAGUGUUGAUCUAGGAUCAGUUUGGCCUUCUAGCUCAUAAUAAAUACAAUUAUAUGGACAGCUGGGUACCUGAUCCUAGAUCAGCACUUGUAAUCUGAGACGCUUUGUGGACAACGGGCCCAGCUUGGCAGAUCUUGGUGGUUAUUUUAGAAACUACUGUAACACUUCUUCCCAGUUAACAGGACCAGCUUGGUUAAAGCUACAGUGUUCUAAGCUGUAGAUACGAUUGUGCAGUUAAGUUCAGGAGAAGUUCAACAUCUCGGAAACAGCUCAGACAUCUCCAAUAUGCUGGAUAAGAAAGUAAAGCAGUUAUUUUAAGUAGUCAUUAUUUCCUUUAGUGUCGUACGAUCCAAGUCAUUCACGCAGGCUGGCCGUUUUCUGCCCCUGCAUAUAAAACCCUACCUGUGAGCAUAGCUGCGGGAAGUACGGGUGCUGAAAUACACCACCCCCCCAAAAAAAUCAGAAUAAAGAAAAUAUAUAUACAUUUCCCCCCUCACAGAAGUAGUGCACCGGGGACUUAACUAAUCCUGUAUUAGUUGACCGAUAUAACCCUCUGUAGUGGGGGGAACUUUUAUUUUUUUCAUCCAAAGAAAGUUUUUUUUGAUUCAGUCAAGCUUGUUUAAUUCCAAAGUUUGUAAACAACGCAAAUGUAAAUAAACACUGUAUAGCUUCAACAUGGUUAAAAAUAUGACUUUGAUAUAAUUGAUGGUCAGUCCUUGCACGCCUUGUUCUUUUUGUCAUUACAACUGUUCCGAUAGCAGCACAAACAGGCUUCAGUGUGUCCAUGUCUGGACACCAACGCAGCCCUACCUUGACAAACUAAACACCUUUUUUCUCUCACGCUUUGAGCAUUACGACUGAGCUGCCGAGGACUACGUGCUUAGCCGCGAGACGAUGUUAAGGGUAGCUGCAAUUUUGUUCAUCGACGGGCAAAAAAAUUCUAAUCUGCCCCCCAAACGUCUUCCCGAGGCUUUGCCUGUGAGACAGCCAGACGGAAAACGAUUUUAAGUGACAGCGUUGACUUUUUCCAUCUCAGAUGUAGAGCCAAGGUGUUUUCUAUUCACAACUGGAGACUUGAGCAGAAAACAUGGUAAUUCAACAGGACAGACCAGCAUUCUAACUCUCCCAUUUGAAUUUAAAAUAUAUACUCCCCGUCACGCUGAAGCACCUCUACCCCAGCCACACCCUAUGAUCAGAGGAGACGAGUGUGUGGGUGGAUGUCUGUUUGCGUGAGAAAGUGGAUGAGAGACUGACACUCAUUCCACAUAAAACUACCAAUAUGAAUUUAAAAAUCUUGAAAAAGAGGCAGCUUCAUCCACCACAAUCAGUCUCCAUUUUAUUUUUAAUUUUUAAAGUGAAAUGGCCAUUUGGACAAGCUUCGUUACAAUAUAUAGACAGAACUCGAACAGUAUUCUGGACAUUUUGUGGUUGGUUCCUUGAGGGAAUCACAACCCUCCUAAAAGCAAAUGCUGUGGAAAUCAGCACCAGAUGCAAAUUGGGAAAUUCAUGUAGCCGUACAAUUCAGUACAAUUCUAUUUGUGUGCGAGAGACAAAUGUGCGAGACAGGUACAGAGGGAGGGAGAGAGAGAGAGCGAGGGGGAGAGAGAAUGAACAUUGGAGGGCUUAAGUAUUAUUCAUGCAAAUGACUCAUGUACAUGCAUGUUUAAGUGGUCAGUAACAGACUGCUGCAUACAUCAUUAAAAUCCGUGUUUAUCUGCUACCCUGGUCCUACAAAUGUCUCAUCACUACACUGCAUAGAGAGACUGUUUGUGGAGGAGCAGUGUGGGGUGUUAGUGUGGAGGGGAGGUAAGCAGAGAGGGGUAUGAUGACAAUAAGUGUCACAGCUGUGAAAUCCUUAUUGAACACCCCUAAUUCACAAUCCCGCUUUGAGGCAGAGUGCGGCAACGAUUUCAAAUCCCAUUAACAAAAAAAAACAAAAAAACUUUAAAAAUACAUAAUAAAAUCACAUAUGUUCAUCUGAGCGAGGUAAGAAAUAAAAAAACGGGAUCAUUUGUCUCUAGCCUGCCUGCACACAACAUCUUCCGCUUCGCUUUAAGCAGCCUCCCACUCAUCUCAAUUUCACACAACUCCUCUCCCCAUCUCGCUACUCCAUGCUUCAGUUCGCUAUAUCUCCCUCUAACACCAGUCACACCUCUGGGAACCAUUUAGCGCAGAUUAGGGCUUCAAAGUCCCUUGUAAAACCACUCUUCCUGCUCGACACAGUGUUUAGUAUGGACCACAAGCCACAUCUUCAGGUUCUACUUGUAAAGGAACAUAGUAGUUACACAAGCUGGCAAUAACCUGUGCUCCCAUCUCAAUUGUUCAAGAACCUCGUCUUCGCUCUCAUCCUUGUGUGUGUGUGUGUGUGUGUGUGUGUGUGUGUGUGUGUGUGUGUGUGUGUGUGUGUGUGUGUGUGUGUGUGUGUGUGUGUACACACUGUACAUCCAUAACCGAGGGGAGGGCGAGAGAGGGAGGGCGAGGAGGAGGUAGGAGAAAGGGGGACACAAUAGAUAAAACUGAUGGUGGGCACAGGAAUCCUCGAGUAGGACCCAAGAGAGUCAUUUUCUAGAGCACGAAAGGCACGAUUUCUAUCUGCAGAUGAGAGAGGGGUCAGAAAACUCCAUUUAAAGCCAAUUUAUAGUCCAGCUGCAAAGUGAGACAGAGCUACAUGUAAUGGACAUUGGGUUGGUACUGUUGGCUAGUCUUCCCAAGGUGCAUCGGCAUCCCUACAGUACACCGCAAAGCUAUUAGCACAACAGAACAAUGGACAUGAGCACUGGAAUACCUGAGAUCUUGCUGAAGCACAACUUCGGAGAGUCACAGUCUGUUUCUACGCCCAGAAAAGACAUUGUGGGAUUUACUUUUUGACAGGAUUUCAACAUGUUUAGGGAUUUUUUUCUUUCUUUUCUCGCACCAUCAAAUCAUGAGGGAUUUGGUAAAACAUGGCACCUGCGCUGCCUAUGGCUAGGGUAGUAUCACAGUUUGACAGUUUUUCCAGCCAAUAUGUUGCGCAGAUGUUGGCAGCAAGUCCUCUGCUUCCUAACACCUAAUGGUGCUGGUGAGGAAAUUACUUGGCUCUUAUUUGAACAGGUAAUUAAAUCUCUGGUGGUGUCAGUGCUAAAUAAAUGAGCUAUUUGAAGCUGCUUAAUAAAAAAGAGGCACUGCUGCGGCCUGAUGGGAUUUGAGUGGCCUUCCACCACUGGGAGGAACAGCAUGAGAGAUGGGAAAGGAGGGAUGCAUGAUAGGGGGGGAAAUGGGGAGAAAGAGUUUAGCUUACGCAGCGAGGGAAAUUAAUCACACGCAAAGAAAUGGAGGGAGGGAGUUGGGCAACAGACAUGGGUUUGAACUUGUUCACCCGUCCUGAAGUGAAAAUCCGCCAUGAACACGUGACAGUUGGCUUGUUAGUGCCCUUGUGGAGCAGAGAGGGGGUGAUCUGGAGCAGCUUUAAAUGUCUUUUGAUAUUUUGGAGUGCUGCCUUUGCAAAUCCUCAUGCCAACAACACACCUCCGGGGCAGAGGAGAGCAUAAACUUGGGGGAAGCGAGGGUUAGGGAGAGGCCGAGAGGGGUUGAAGAUAGGGGAAAUAAAAGAGCAAUGAAAUAUCACAACUCCAAGGCAGAAGUCUGUCACACUGCAUCAGUACAGGUCAAAAAGAGGAGGGGAGUAGGGACACAACUCCGGGACGGGGAAACUAGACAAGCUGAAACAGAACGAUCAAGAGAAGGGAUUACGCUGCAGGAGGCGGAGGUCUGAAGAGGCUGGGGGAGGAAAUGCAAGUGUGUGAAGGGGGGUCGGACACGGUCCGAAGACCAGAGUUCCACCACUGAUCAAUGUUGGAGAGUUGCCCCGCUGCAUGCCCUUCAAAAGCUCAGCUGUGCCAUGGUGCAGCUGCUGCCUCUAACCCUCGCUCAAAUCACACACACUUUCCCCAAUCAAAGGUUUCAUUUAGAGCCAUGGAAAACUAAGGCUGGCAGUACAAGAAUCUCCUCUCACAUAGCCGACAAAAAUACAUCCAGGCAGCCAUUACUGCCUUUCAUACUGUGCUUUCAUGUGAACAUGUUGUUAUUGACACUAGUAUCGAAUAAACAAAGAAAUCCCACUGA